UAUAAGAUGAGACUAGAAUAGUGAUAUCAGACUUACCCAAGGGUGUAAAGAGACACAACAGCAUUGGGUUUGCGACGGAAAUCCAAACAGAUCGGUCACAAAAACACGCCCAUUGUUCAUGAAGUACAGGACGCCACAAGAGACCGUUCCAGAACGGCGUUCUAUUGCGUCAGAUGGAACCAAUCAAAACAAAACAAAAACACGAAGAACAGGCAAAGCACAACAUACGGAGGGAACCACGGGGACAUUUGGAAAGUCGCUCAUAGGUUCAGCGAGUCAUCGCGGGUGACAGCGCACUCACUCAGCUCUCUCUAACCACAGGAGAUCGAGAGUAUCGGAGAUUUUUCCUUCACCAGUAGACUCGUCGAUUUGUCUCGGACAAGAUGCAGUCCUCUCACCGGUCAUACCAGCCCAUCACCCCGGCAAACAACAAGCUGCUGAAGAAAAGGUGGGACCAGAAGCGUUUCUACACGCAUAGGAUGAAAGUGCAAAAUGCCAGUCCUGUGAUAGACAACAAACCUCCGCGCACAUACAUGCAUCUCCAUCUCAAGCUAAAGAAACUUCAGGUUGAGGAGGAGCGCCUGGCCACGGUGGAGCGGGAUAACAGGAUCCUACUGGAGAAAAUCGGCUACAUCAUGCGCACAGGCGGGAGGGUGGAUAACCACAACAGUGACUACCAACAGAAAAGCCUGAACAAGACGAAGCGGCAGCGGGAGAUCCUGCGCAUCACGCACGAGAACCACGCCAUCCUCAAGCGCAUCUCCUCCAAGGAACCGACUUACAACCACCUGCAGUGGGAGGAGGAGUGGAAGGUGAACUCGGUUCACGGUGGGGAUGUGGGGAUUGACUUCAGAUAUCAUCACUACCCGGACCUGAGCCGAGUCCUGAACGACACGGCGGCCAGCUGCCGCGAGAUCUCGCUUGUUUACACCAUUGGGAAGAGCGUGGAGGGACGAGACUUGUGGGUGAUAGAGUUCAGCGACAAUCCAGGUGUUCACGAGCCAGGGGAGCCGGAGUUCAGGUACGUGGGAAACAUGCAUGGGAACGAGGUGGUGGGGCGGGAGGUCCUGGUGAACCUGGUUCAGUACCUGUGCUCUCGUUACCAGGCUGGAGACGCCAGGAUCAGGCGGCUCAUUCAGCAGACGCGGAUUCACAUCAUGCCGUCCAUGAAUCCCGAUGGCUUUGAAAGGGCAGCGACGCUGGGCCCGGACAGCCCUCGGACCAGCACGUCCUGGGGCAGCUACGGUCGGCUCAACUCGGAGAGGAUCGACCUGAAUCGGAACUUCCCCGACCUGCUGCCGGUCUGGCUCCUACAGGAGGAGUCUCAACGCAGAAAUCAUCAUGUCGACAUUCCCGAGUGGUACUGGGACACGCUGGUCGCCCCGGAGACAUUGUCCGUCAUACUGUGGAGCUUCAGCCAACCGUUUGUCCUGGCGGGCAGUCUUCACGGAGGGAGCGUGGUUGUCAGCUAUCCUUUCGACAGCUGUGGUCUCAGGAAAGUGAUGCGGUCCUACUCUGAGGCGCCCGACGACGCCCUCUUCCGGAAGCUGGCGAAAGUGUACGUGGACGGGCACAGGAAGAUGGGCAAGUGUGGGCAGGUGGAGCCCUGCAACGCGCGCAACUUUACCUGCAAGGGAGGGAUGACCAACGGCGCAGAAUGGUACUGCGUUCCUGGCGGCAUGCAGGACUUCAGCUAUCUGGCCACCAACUGUCUGGAGAUGACAUUUGAACUGAGCUGUGAUAAGUACCCGGAUGAAGACGAGUUGCAGACGUACUGGGAAGACAACAAGGAAGCACUGCUGUCGUACAUAGAGGCGGUCCACACAGGAAUCAAGGGGUUUGUCAGAGAUGGAGCCGGAAAAGGCGUGGCGAACGCCACCAUUUCCGUAGAGGGCGUGGAUCAUGACGUCACUACAGCGUCGGACGGAGACUACUGGAGAUUGCUUCUUCCCGGGACUCACAGGGUAACUGCAUCAUGGGACGGAUUCGAACAGACCCGCACAUGCGUAGUGGGGGACAAGUCCCCUGCUACCGUCUGUGACUUUGGUUUCUCCGCGACUACCACGUGGUUUGCUUCAGAAAAUGAUGUAACAGAAGCGACCAGUCAGUCUGUCAUAACGCCUGCUCAAGCAGGACAGCAGGCAUCCAGCAGUUUUAGUCUUCACUGCAGCUCAUUAUUUCGUUCAUACCAGUUGUUGGUCCUAACACUUACGGUAGUGUGGUGGUCAUAGGGAACUUAACGUUAACUUUGUAAACCAAUGUAUACACUUUAUUAGGUGCCGUUGAUGAUCAUGAAAUUCUACAAAUGAGGUUAUUCCAAGAGAUACAGACGUACAUACACCACGAACGGACAAUGCGCUUAUGUAUGGGGAUUAAUCGACCGAACUUGAACUCUUCAGACAAUUUACUACUUGAUCUAAAAUUAUAACUAUCAUGACGCCUUGAACGAAUUCAUAAGGAUGCAAUCUAUGCAAUAUAUACCAUUAUGGGCAUAAAUAUGAAUCAUUACUCUAUCGUUAUUGACACGUUCAUGAAAAGCAACAGUUCCCCCUGAUGCUGAUAAAGCUUGACUCGUACAUAUUUGAUCAGUCCAUCAUCAUGACUGCCCUGUAGAAAGGGUCAUCACUACACACCUUGAAGCAUUCGUAUAUGUCCACUAACGAAAGUGAACCUUUACGUUUGGUUUAAAGUGUGUCUAAAGUAAGAUUUCGUGCAGUGUGUGACUGUUUAUAUAUGUCACGUUCAUAAAAUGCCUCUCUUCGACGUCAUAUCAGGGACACACAAUCAGGACGUAUCGUUUUGCUAAAUCAUCUUUUUAAAAAUUAAUGCAUGCCGAAUGUUUUUCUAGUAUCUAUACACCAUUAAAACUA